ACGAGAUUCGAUUGAGUUGUGACUGGGAGCACGCAAUGGAUCCUCUGACGUGACAGAUUGCCGUUUCAGAUUAAAAAACCAUCUUUUUUGCCAAUAUCCUGCAGGUUGAGGUCCAACGUCAAUACGAGCAUCGUCAAGCUUAUCAAUCAACGCUCCGACCGCACCCGUGUCUCGACCAGCAAUAUGGAGGACAAUGCCGAACUCGAGUCGUUUCGACGCCAGUGGCGUGAAGAGGUUGCUCGUCGGAGAACGCAGGAUCGAGCUCAUACCUCCCAGGCAGAUAAUUCUGCCUUUUCUUCGACGCGACCGCAGCAAGCUCCUCCAAGUCACUUCGAGGUUGCUAAUCCUAAAGAGGAGGAAGAUGAGGAAGAUGAACAGGAAGAGCAUGGCCCGACACCAUUUGACCAAAGUGAGAUCGUUCAUCAGGUUGGGCAGUUGAGCUUAGAUGGGGAUGGUGCGAAAACAAGCAAGAAAGAACCUAAAUCAGCUCUGGAGCACUUCGAAAGGGCGGUCGAGAAGGAGGAAGAGGGCAGUUUGGGAGACAGUCUGCAGCACUAUCGCAAGGCAUAUCGUUUGGACUCGGAUAUCGACAAGACCUAUCGCAACAAGCACUUCGCUGCGGCAUGGAAGAAGCCCGCGCAAUCUUCCAAUACUUCAACGAAAGGCCACUCGGCAGCUCAACAAUCUCAAGAUAAACCGGUGAAUCUACCAACGGCUGAGCUCAUUGCAUCCUUUGCCCAUUUACCAAUCCCGCAAGCUGAGCCUCUCAUUGAAAACACACCCCCGCCUCCGUGUCCUAUCGCGAACGUCCCGUCCGAUGUGAUAGUUGAGGUUCUAAAGCAUGUUGCUUUAAUGGACCCUGCAUCAUUUGCCCGGGUGUCGCUGGUGUGUAAGCGCCUGGCAUACCAUUUUGCCCAUGAGCAGCAUAUCUGGAAACGGCUGUGUCAGGGCUCUCAAUUUGGGUUCAAGGCAAUGCAUUAUUCCUUUGCCUGUGAUGUUUUUGGAGUCCCUGAAUAUACGCUAGGUCCUCGCUACGCUUUAUUCCCUUUUGAUGGACCUGCGAAAAUCCCAAAGCCACUGUCUUUAUGGAGCCAAGUUUUUCAAACGUUUCCUCGGAUUCGCUUCACAGGAAUAUACAUUAGCACGGUAAACUAUACUCGCCCUGGUGAUGCUUCCGCAUACCAGAACAUAUCGUGGAACAGCCCCAUUCACAUUGUGACUUACUACCGGUAUCUGCGAUUCUAUCCAGAUGGGUCAGUCAUAUCGUUGCUUACCACAACGCCGCCGAAGGAAGUUGUCCCGCAUAUCAAUAUGGAGAAUGUGAUGACAUCUCGAAAUAUAAAAUCUCCACGACGCCAAUUCUCAGGCGCAGGGUCGACUUUGGCAGGUGCUCCCGACCCAGUACCAGCUGUUGCCAUGGCUUCAUUGAAGUACGCCCAACGAGGCCGCUGGCAUCUGACAAAACCGAUCGAUGUUCCUGAUUCAUCGAACCCGGGAAUCAAAGCGGCGGAAAGUUCCCAGCAUCACCCUCCAGUGCCGGACAAGGCUGCGACGCCUGACGCUCGAGACGUCGUCAUUGAAACUGAGGGGGUAGGCCCCCAGUACGUCUACACCCUCCAUCUAUCCCUGCGGUCAUCGGCCUCACGGCCUCACAAAUCGGACGUUGCACCCCCUAAUCCGAGCAAAAACACAAAGUUGGCCUGGAGAAGCUACUGGAGUUACAACAAACUUACGGAUGACUGGGCUGAGUUUAGGCUCCAAAACGAUCGAUCCUUUGUCUUCCGGCGCGUUCGGGGCUGGGGUAUGAGCUGAUGAUUUAUGAAUUUUACUAUUCUUCACUUUGUAAAUAAGCACCAGGCGCAGAGAGAAGAAAUGGCGUACGAUUUAUGGCAAGAAAAGAGAGGGACACGGGUAUCUAUACAUGAUCUCAAGACAUGAUAAACAGAAAUACCAUUAUAUAAAGAUAGCAAAAUAUGAAUGAAUAUAAGCUAACACUCA